AAAAAAGAUGCCUCCUACUGCAAAAGGCGCUGCGCAGAGAUUAAAGACGAAAUUUAACACUCACAUUGAAUCAGGAAAUUUCUACGAAGCUCAUCAGCUAUGUAAUACCCUGUUGUUUCGGUACACCAAUUCUGAAAACUACGACGAAGCUCUCGAUUUGAUAACUUCCAGUACCCAUGUUUUCAUUGACCAUAAAAUAUACCAUAGUACUUUCGACUUAUUGAAUCAGUAUGUUAAUUUGCUAGAAAAGUCGGGGCAGUUCAGCAAUAAUGAGAGGGUUAUGGAGUUUAAAGCUACCCUUAGUCGCCUAUCGUCACAUGAAGACGAACGACUUGCUGUUAUAAACUCGGCAAUUAAAAAAUCGAAGUCGCCUAAAAUGACCCGCGGAAACCCAAAUUUGCACUAUCAUUUGGCUAAAUUAUACGAAGAGGAGUUUCAACUUCAGAAAGCUAGAUAUCAUUACAUUUUUUCAAAUGACCCCAAAAAAUGUGCGUUGUUUUGUAUAAAAUUAUCACACGCGGGUUUAGCAUCCGAAGUUGCCCUUUUUGCUACACAAGCAGUGUUGCAGUAUUUAGUCAUCGUAGAAGUUGAAUAUGCGAAAACAUUUCUGGAGGUUUAUAUUCAAUGCCACCCAAAAAUUGUCACAAAGUUGGCGCCUUUUGAUUAUCCUUUGCUGAAUUUUUGCUAUUUUCUGCUGAUACACAUUCCAGAAGGUAAAAUUGACAAUUAUUUGCGUCUGACAUCAACUUACGAAAAGUCGUUAAAAAGGGAUAAAAGUUUUGCGCCGUGUUUGGAAAAAAUUGGCGCGAAUUAUUUUGGACUCGCAGUGCCCAAAAAGACGGGAAGCGGGGGAUUAAUGGGUUUAUUGGACUCGCUAUUUGAUAACAUGAGCGAGGGUGAUGUGAAGCUAGACAAUGAAGAAUAUUUGUCGGCCAGUGAAGACAAUCAAGAAGAACCCGACCUGGAUUCGAACCAGGACUCGAAGCGAGUUAAAAUGAGCGAGCCCAGAAUUGAGGCUUCUGAUCUAGAUUAGUGGAAUGUAUUGUAAUCGGUAAUUAUGUAUUAUGUUGUAACUAAUAUAUUCGGUUGUUUUCAAUGAUGAUAUUUUAACUCAAUUAAAGUUAUGAAU